AUGGCCUUGUGGCUCUUCAUCCUUCUUCAGAUUUGUGCUUUCGCUGAAUCUCGGCCCAAAGGUGAAAUUAACCAGACCGACCUGCACAAAGCCAUGGCCGACAUGAGAAUGAAGUCCUACCGCGGCUUUGUCAUCCUUCUCCAAAGGCUAAGCACUUACCCCGACGCACUCUAUGGCUCUAAUAUCACCUUCCUAAUGCCAGAUGAUCGGCAACUGUCCAAGGCCUCGGUGAGUCAGGACAAUCUCCAAGAUUUCAUCCUCAGCCAUUCGAUCCCCAUGCCACUCCUGAUGAGCCACCUGAUUCACUUCCCCAACAGGACUCUCAUACCCACAUGCCUGCCCAACCGGAUGAUCAGCAUCACGAACAAUGGAAGGUCAGGCAUGUUCGUGAACAAAGCCAGGAUUGUGAACCCAGACGUCUGUCUGAGUUCUCUGAUUCGGUGCCACGGUAUUAGCGACGCGCUCAUGUUGGAUGCUUUCGCUUCUCCUUCCGAGUAUUUCCCCCACCGAGUUCCUAGUAAAGAGUUGAAAAGGUUCAAUAGACGAAACCGCGCCAAAUCUGCUGCAACUGUUCGGCUGAAAAGAACGACUCCCCUCUACUGAUCCUGGCAAUUAGCUUCUUCUAGUAAUUUCUAUUAUGUCGAAUAAGAUAGAUGUGGGUGUUGUCCAUGGCAAGCUUAGAAUCGUCCCAGUGACGGUAAUAAAGUAACAUUGACAAUAAUGCUCACAAGAACUUUCAAGCCCAGAA